CAGACACUGCUGACAGGCCGAAAAGUAUACAUCGAAAUGCUCGGGUUUUGGGUUCGAUUGGGCAAUCGAUGAAUGAAUCAAGCAUAUCAAAUUCCACAAUGAAAGCCAUCAUAAAUGCCUGAUAAUAUGCAAAUGGAAACGGGGAAAAAAACACAAUAAAAUGAAACCCAAAACCACACAAAAAUGCCACAAGCGACAUGGGGUUAAUUUGCAUAAAUAGGUUUUUUGUGUGUUGUUUCUGGCUUAUUUACGAAACUCGUAAUUAUGACCAUAAACCAGAUACCGUGGACAGUCGGCGAGUAGCGUUCGAUUAGCGGCUGAUUUGUGACGAUCUUUCAUAGCCAAUCUCCACUGCCCCCGGGGGCUGCCAAUUGCCGGAAUGAUAUAUUGACUGCAUUAAUUAAUUUUGAAUUUGGCCAAUCAUUCCCAGAAUUCUGUGGAUAUUGUAAUUGAUUUGUUUUUCUCUUCUCUCCCACAUAGAUGUGUAGUGUUUGCAAUUAAUUAAAUACAACCAGCUAUGCAAAUCGCCUGGCGUUGCUCCACUUAAAUGGCCAUAAUUUGAUGGUUUGGUAGGCCAAACUAUUCCAGUUUGUUUUUGCAUUUCGUUGGCAGCCGAAAUUGGCAAACCGUUUUCGAAUUUAUGCAAACUAAUGCUGGCGGAUACAGUUUUUCAGCCUUUUGCGUCACCUGCAACGGGUAUUGGCUAUGGAUAUUGUAUUUGAUUUUGGAUUUUGGAUCAAUGGCAUGGGCUACACCCGCUCAUCUCUCAUCUGAACUCGGAAAUCUGCAUCUUAGAUUGGACUCGCUCGGGGCCUUCGAGCUAUAAAAACGCCCCUCUGCCAGAUGGGCUGCAUCAUUAGCAGCUUACACCUCCCGGGGUUAACAGAUUUCAUCGAAAAUUGGUUAGGAGAGCAGCCAUCAAUAUGCGUGGAUUUAUCAUUUUGGCUGUCUUGGCUGUGGCUCACGCUGAUGUGGGUGGCUACAACUAUGGAGCAGGUCUUGGUGGUUCUGUGUCUGGAGGUUCUAUUUCGGGGGGAUCCAUUUCGGGAGGCUCUAUCUCUGGGGGCUCUAUCUCUGGAGGCUCCCUGUCUGGAGGAUCCCUGUCUGGAGCCCUGUCUGGAGGAUCCCUGUCUGGAGGAUCCUACUCCACCAACUAUGCCCCCGUGAACACGGAGUUCAACAAGGAGUUCUUUACCUACUCCGCUCCCGAAGCGGAUUUCGAAGACAACAGGAGCAUUAGUGACCUGGCCCAGUCCCUCAAGAAGAACCUGCGUGUGGUGUUCAUCAGGGCCCCCGAGAACAAGGGUCUGGAGAACGCCGCCCUGGCCCUGGCCAAGCAGGCUGCCGAGCAGCAGACCGCCAUCUAUGUCCUGACCAAGCAGGGUGACCUCUCCAGCCUGGCCAACCAGCUGCAGAACCUGAACCAUGUGAGUGCCAGCAAGCCGGAGGUGCACUUCGUCAAGUAUCGCACCCAGGAGGAUGCCCUCAAUGCCCAGAGGACCAUUCAGCAGGAGUACGAGCGUCUGGGCGGCUCCUCCACCUCUCAUAAUGGAGGUGUGCCACCUGUCCUCGACUUUGCCACCAAGGUGCAGCAAGUGCAACAUCAGCAGCAGCAGCAGCAGGUGCAACUGAUUGAUGAGCGCAGGGCUUCCGCCGGAAGUGUAGCCGCCGAGCUGGAGGCUCCUUCGGCAGGAUAUAUCCCACCUGCAGCUGCUGCCCCCAGUUCCACCUACCUGCCUGUCAACAAGGUUAAGUAGGCAGACUGCCCCACCACAUCCUCUAAGUGCUACUUUAUAAAAUACAAACUUAAUUUAAUGUAUACUCAAUA